AUGAAUACGCAUUCGCACAACCUUAGAUCACGGUUACAACAAGAUUUAUUCGAAUUAUCAACGAAAUCGUUGAGAAUACCUUUGUCCAUUUCUUCAACUACAAAAUCUGCUAGGCAGCAACCUAAGUUAAAAAGGAACGCUGAACCUCGGAGGACAUUGGUUGCUAAGAUUGAACAAGCGCCGAUUCUUGAUACUGAAAUACGAACAAUUAUGAACUCUGAAGAAUUGUCAAAAACUGUUAAGCAAGAUUUACUUUUUCAUAGUCCAGAUAAGUUAAAUAGAGUAAAUUUGGAGCAACAAUCAAGGUCUUCGUUAUUGGUUAUGAAUGAUAAGGAACAUCAACGACAUGAUGAAUGUCAACUUGAAAAGGAAGCAGUGGUAACUGAUAGUAUACUGAAUGAUGGUUUACAGGAAAAUGGUGACCAAAAAUUGAGUAAUGGAAUUGAUAACUCAAAUGAACAAAUUGAUUCCCCGAUAACAACAGUAUUGGAUAAUGAUAAAACUGAAUUAACAGAUAUACCACAUGGGACACAAGAGACGUUAACAUCAAUAUAUUUACGAGAUCAUUUAGAAUUAAGCGAGAUAUCUAUGUCUGAUGAAAAUUCGAAGCUACAUGUUAAAGAUUGGUUAUGUGAUGUUAUGAUACAAUUAGACGCACGAGAGUAUCCGAAACGACGGUGGGCAAAGUUAGCGGCACAGUGUUUGGAAGGAUUAUUUAAAGAAUGGUAUUGUGAUAAUAUAGAUGUGAUCGACAGUUGGUCUACAUUUAAAGAACUAUUAAUUCAGCAAUGUGUAUUACUUACUUCAGGCGUGACCGUGUUAACAACACAACAACCAUUAAAUAGUGAACUAAAAAAUAUUCAUCAUUUGAAUUUGACCAUGCAUUGGAACAACAACGAAUGGUGA